UCGACUGCUGCACUUGCCGAACAGACUCUCAGCUACAAAUCCACAAAUAAAUAUGGCCAACUCAACACGACCCCUUCAAUUCUUCGCAACUCCACAAAGACCAUCGAGAAAGCAUCAAUGACUGCACCCACUCCGCAAGGCACUGCUCUCCUGGAGCUCCUUCCUCGCGCCGCCCUCGAUCUCGAUCUCGCGGCAACGUCAAGUCCAGACUUGAUCUUCCCAAGCUCCCAGGCGCAUCGUAAUUCUUCCCCCAACAAUACAGGGGCAAUGCCAACCCAACGCGUCGGUGAUACCGAUGGACCGCCGCGAAUCCGGACUCGACUCGAUCCUACCAAGGCAAAGGAGAAACCCGUCUCUGAUCUGAUUUAUUACGAGGCACUGAGCCACGCGACCGAGUCCAAGGUCUGGCAGCCACCGCAACACCGUACGAAGCAUAUUCUGGACGAGGAUAUUGAUGGACUUGCGGACCAACUGGCUGGCAAUACGCUUGGAACGAUAAGGGCAUGGACGACCGAGAAAAGAACGAAUGCUGAUCAGACUGGGAACUGGGCCUGGCAGCAACAGCAGCUGGACACAGAGCAGGAGAAAUCCAAGGCGAAGUCCACAGAGCCGCUGAUAAACACACAGUUGCAACAGACAGCGCUUCCGCCUCCCUUAAAGACUUUCGCAUGUUUCGGUCGUCUUCCUACGGAACUUCGACUCAAGAUUUGGAAGUACGCUAGGCCUGAUCCUCGAAUUGUUCGCAUUUCUUGGUCCAAGGACCUCUUAGACCCCCCGCUCUGGGUGGAAAGAUGGAGAAAUGGGUCUGAUCUUCUCAAAGAUGAUGCACCAUGGAUUCAAGACAUUCGUCGACCAAAGUACUCUGAGACUCCAAUUCCUGCCAUGCUACACGUCUGCGCCGAGUCUCGCCAAGUUGCAUUAGGUUGGUAUAAGCUCAGCCUCGACUCGAAACUUACGAAACCGCGUGUAUAUUUCGACUUCGAUUCCGACUAUCUAUACGUUGGAUGCAAUGAAUGCGGAGUCUGCUUCUGUCGCGAUUGCACAAAUAAGGUUGAUUUCGAAGAUUGUCAUGCCGUCAAGCGAGUCUUGGUACACUGGGCGCCGAGGCGGAUUACGCCAUUCUUCUCGCUGCAUCUACGUUUACGUGGCGUGAAGGAGGUUUUGAUCUUUGAUCCUUCCACCGACCCAUUGAACUCAGACACCGAGCUGGCCCAUUUGCAGGAGACCACAAAGCCUUUUAAUUGGCAAGAGGGGAAAAGCCUCUACGACGUCUUUCUUGAGGACAAGCUUCAGUUGGACCAGUUUUACAUGGACUCCGUGAGAAUCCAUCAAGCGCAAGCUAAAGACCCAGGUCCACUGUACCCCACGAAGAUCGCGCGUGUUGAGCUUGUCGUCACGCCCGCGGCGACAAAAAUAUAUGGCUUCAUGGGAGACAAAUCCGAGAACAACGCCAUCGACUUCAGCUUGCACCCAAGAUCGGUGUAA